UUCGUGAGUGCCACUUGUUGCUCUCCUUCGUCUCGUUGUGGUUGCUGGAGCUGUGGGCCUCGAUUCAUUUCUCUCUUUUGCUCAGAUUCGUCAGAAUUUGCCAGUUUGCUCAAAAUAUCGUACAACUUUAAUUUUGACAAUUUGACAAUUUGACAAUUUGAGAUUUUGACAAUAUCUUGUUUCAACUACUACAUUGUCCAGCGCUUUGAAGUUUGGAAAAAUGGCCAGGAAGAUGGAAAAAAUCACUGAUGAAUGCACUUACCUUAUCGACGACGGGGCCGGCGCCAGUGCCAGUGGCGCUGAGAAAAUGAAACACCCCACUUCUGAAAACAUGGACGUGGAGAUUGCCGGGGGGUUCCGUUUCAGACCAACUUCAAAUCUGAAUGUGACGAACAUCUCGGACGUUACAAACGAAAUGAACAAACUGGCCAUGUCCCCGCCUGAUAAUAGCUUAAGGAUUUCUGAACGGAAUGAACCUUGCACCAGCCGGUCACUUUUGUACAACCCCGUACCCCGAACCCCGAACGAUGACAGAAAUAAUUUGAACCGAGGUCGUCGUGAUUUCGAAAGCCGAAAACGUGAUUAUGAGUUCUGUGGAAGCAGCGGCGGCUCAUUCAUGCACAAUCAACAAGAUGGCGAAAGGAGCGAAAAGAAGUUAUCUAGAAAGGAAAGGGAAUGGCUAGCAGAGGGGAAAACGCUCGAGCCAAUCGUUACCGUGUUUGGUCCAAACCAUUUCAAGUUCUAUGAUACUGGAUAUCAAGGACAAGGCCCAUUGAUCGAAUUGGAGGACAAUGAAGGUUUCGUCAGCGGAUUGCGAGACGGUGAGGAAAUCCCGAAGCGAGAACUGACCCCGUUGGAGCGUACCCUCCUCCGGGAGCGAAAGACGGAAGAAGGUCUAGACUAG